ACAAAGUGUUCAUGGAUGAUAUGAUUACAAAAGGUUAUGCAGAGGUUGUACCGACAAAGGAUUUAGUUAGGAAUGAUGGUAAGGUCUGGUACAUUCCACAUCAUGGAGUCUAUCAUCCAAGAAAGCCGAAGAAGUUGAGAGUUGUCUUUGACUGUAGUGCAAACUACAGGAACCAAUCAUUAAACAGUCACCUGUUACAAGGCCCAGACCUUACCAACAAACUUAUUGGAGUGUUGUGUAGGUUUAGGCAAGAAAGCAUUGCACUUGUAUGUGAUAUAGAAGUAAUGUACCAUCAAGUGAAGGUUAACCCAGAACACAGAGACAUGUUAAGAUUCCUUUGGUGGGAAAAUGGUGACCUUAAUAAUGAGAUAGCUGAAUACAGGAUGACAGCUCACCUGUUUGGAGCUACUUCAUCUCCAAGUGUAGCCAACUUUGCUCUUAAGAAAGCUGCAGAUGACUACGGGUGUGGAUCUGAUGCAGCCAAGUUUGUAAGAAACAACUUUUAUGUUGAUGAUGGUUUGAAGUCAGUAGCUACAAUGGAUGAAGCUGUCACUCUUAUUCAGCAAAGCAAAGAAUUAUGUUACAAGGGAGGUUUUAACCUUCAUAAGUUCUUGUCAAACAACAAAGCUGUAUUAGCUGCAAUUUCUCCUCAUGAGAGAGCAGAUGGAAUUAAAAGUUUGGAUUUUAGUAAGAAUGAAGACACACUGCCUAUAGAAAGAACUUUGGGAGUUGAGUGGUGCAUAGAAUCUGACACAUUUCAAUUUAGAAUAAAGCUGAAAGACAAGCCACUCACCAGGAGAGGCAUUCUGUCAACAGUGAGCUCUAUAUAUGAUCCAUUAGGUCUAGUGUCACCUCUCAUACAGACUGGAAAGCAAAUUUUACAAGAAUUAUGUAAGAAUGCAGUUGACUGGGAUGAUGAGGUGCCAGAUUAUGUCAAACCUAAAUGGUUAAAAUGGAAAGAAGAGCUGCACAAACUAGAUCAGUUAAAGGUACCUAGAUGCUACAAACCUGAUGACUUUGGGGAAGUAGAAAAGGUUGAACUCCAUCACUUUUCAGAUGCCUGUCAAGAGGGAUAUGGCCAGUGCUCAUAUAUUAGAUUAAUUAGCAAGACUGGCCAAAUUCAUUGUGCAUUAGUAAUGGCAAAGUCACGUGUCACACCUCUAAAAACCAUAACAAUUCCCAGACUAGAACUAGCAGCAGCAGUGGUGUCAGUUAGAAUCCAUAAACUCUUGAAGGGAGAACUUGAGUAUAAUAAAGUGGAAGAAGUAUUUUGGACAGACAGCAAAGUAGUCCUUGGUUACAUUGCAAAUGAACCAAAGAGAUUCCAUGUAUAUGUUGCAAAUAGAGUAGAAACAAUAAGAGAUCACACUUCACCAGAUCAGUGGAAAUUUGUAGAGACACAGUAUAACCCAGCAGAUCAUGCAUCUAGAGGCAUGACAGCAGAUGAAUUGUGUAAUAGCAAGAUCUGAUGGAAUGGCCCAGAAUUCCUUUGGCAACAUAGCAAAAUGGAUAGCCAUUCCCAGUACAAGGUCAUAAAUGAGAAUGAUCCAGAAGUGAAGAAAGUUGUAUGCCAUGCUGUAGGUACACAACAGCCCACAGAUAUACUAGAAAGACUUGAGUAUUUUCCUGAUUGGUUUAAAGCAAAGAGGGCAGUUGCUGUAUGCCUCAAGCUUCUGAACAGCUUCAGAGGAAAAGGUGAUGGCACUACUAAAGUAAAGGGAAACACAUAUAAGCCAGUAAAUGUAGCAGAAGUGUCAGAAGCUGAAAAUGUAAUUAUAAAACAACUGCAAGCAAAGGCAUUCCAGAAGGAGAUAGAUGUACUGGAAUCAUCUGCUAACCAUAAUUCUUUAAUUAAAGGAGAAAAUGGCAAGGGAACAAAAGUGAUAGACAAGACCAGUUCCCUCUAUAAGUUAGAUCCCUUCAUUGACAAAAAUGGUAUCAUGAGAGUAGGAGGAAGAUUGAGGCUUUCUAAUCUGACAGAUGAAUCCAAACAUCCAGUCAUCCUCCCCAAAACAUCUCACAUAACCCAGCUGAUAAUAUGCCACCAUCACAAAAGGACAAAUCAUCAAGGCAGGGGCAUAACUUUAAAUGAAAUCAGGUCAUGUGGAUACUGGAUAGUAGGAGGAUCAUCCCUAGUAUCAAGGCACAUUUCAAAGUGCAUUAUCUGUCGUAAAGUUAGAAGUACAACACAGGGACAGAAGAUGGCAGACCUGCCUAUUGACAGACUAGAACCAUCACCUCCUUUUACAUACUCAGCAGUAGAUUUCUUUGGCCCUUACUAUAUCAAAGAGGGGCGUAAAGAGCUUAAAAGAUAUGGAGUGCUCUUUACUUGCAUGGCAUGUAGAGCUGUGCACAUAGAGACAGCCAACAGCAUGGAUACAAGUUCCUUCCUAAGUGCAUACCGUCGCUUUGUAGGAAGAAGAGGGCCCGUAAGACAGUUGAGAUGUGACCAAGGAACUAACUUUGUAGGAGCCAAAUCAGAGUAUGAGAAAUGCUUAAAAGAAUUAAAUAACAAUAAAGUCAGACAAGAACUCAUGAAAGAUCAGUGUGACUGGAUUGUUUUUAACAUGAAUGUACCCAAUUCCAGUCACAUGGGAGGUGUUUGGGAGAGGCAGAUACGCACAGUGAGAAAUGUACUCUCUGUGUUACUUGAUCAGCAUAGUACCCAGUUAGAUGACCAAGAUCUGAGAACCUUCUUAGUUGAAGCGGAAAAUAUAGUUAAUGGUCGUCCCCUAACCGUGGACCAUCUUAACUCCCCAGAAAGUCUUACACCGUUGACACCCAGUAAUUUGUUAACUAUGAAAACAAAGGUAGUACUGCCUCCUCCAAGCAUUUUCAUUAAGAAGGACCUGUACUGCAUAAAGAGAUGGCGCAGAGCACAAUACCUGGCCAACCAGUUCUGGUCCAGGUGGAAAAAGGAGUAUGUGCAAUUCCUACAACUUAGAAAUAAGUGGACAACACCAAAGAGGAAUCUCAGUGUAAAUGACAUAGUUAUCAUCAAAGAUCAGAAUUUAGCAAGGAACCAGUGGAAACUGGGAAGAGUAACAGAAGUAUCUCCUGAUCAUGAUGGCCUAGUAAGAAAGGGUAAGGUCCUGGUUUCAGACUGUAAUCUCGACAACCAGGGAAGACGCACAAAGGCAAACAGGACCAUCAUAGAGAGGCCAAUACAUAGUCUAGUAUUGCUGUUAGAAGGUAAUGCAUAAUAAUAGACCGGAGCAUCCCCGCCAAGGAGCCAGUGUAACAAAACAUAUUAUGUGCUAAUCCUAGUUUUAAGGUACAUACUAAUCUUAAUUUAAGGUAAAUUGUUACACAAUUUAGGGGAGCCAUGUUACUGUAUGUAAAGCGUAUGUACCUCAUGUCAUUAUUCCUCGGCAUAUAUAAGUGAAAUGUUCAAUAGUUUUCUAUUUGCAUGAAAACGUGUAAUAUGUGUAAGUAUCAGUAUUCAAUGCUAUAUUAAGCACCGAAGCCGAUGCUCACUUGUUAGUAGUGUGGGGUUAACCUGCUAGUCGCCUGCGGGCAUCACUCACGGCCAAGUCGCGCUCAGACAAAGACGGGCAGGAUGGUGACCGAGUUCUUACGGUCAUGCCUACCUCAUCAAUAAAUGUCAGAGAGAGAACUGGCUUUCCUCGACCCUACGAUGAUGGGUGUGAUCAGUAAAACAGAUCACCUGAGAGCCAAUUGAUGCCCAGCCGGUGCGGCUACAGUCCUAUUGCUUUAAUUUCCUGCUUAUCUAAAGUUUUUGAAUCUAUCCUUAACAGGAAGAUUCUUAAACAUCUAUCACUUCACAACCUUCUAUCUGAUCGCCAGUAUGGGUUCCGUCAAGGCCGCUCUACUGGUGAUCUUCUGGCUUUCCUUACUGAGUCUUGGUCAUCCUCUUUUAGAGAUUUUGGUGAAACUUUUGCUGUUGCCUUGGACAUAUCAAAAGCCUUCGAUAGAGUCUGGCACAAAGCUUUGAUUUCCAAACUACCCUCCUACGGUUUCUAUCCUUCUCUCUGUAACUUCAUCUCAAGUUUCCUUUCUGACCGUUCUAUUGCUGCUGUGGUAGAUGGUCACUGUUCUUCUAAAUCUAUUAACAGUGGUGUUCCUCAGGGUUCUGUCCUGUCACCCACUCUCUUCUUAUUAUUCAUUAAUGAUCUAAACCAUACUUCUUGUCCUAUCCACUCCUAUGCUGAUGAUACCACCCUGCACUUUUCCACGUCUUUUCAUAGACAUCCAUCCCUUCAGGAGGUAAACAUAUCAUGCAGGGAAGCCACAGAACGCCUGACUUCUGAUCUUUCUAAAAUUUCUGAUUGGGGCAGAGCAAACUUGGUAUUGUUCAAUGCCUCAAAAACUCAAUUCCUCCAUCUAUCAACUCGACACAACCUUCCAGACAACUAUCCCCUCUUCUUCAAUGACACUCAACUGUCCCUCUCUUCUACACUGAACAUCCUCGGUCUGUCCUUUACUUAUAAUCUGAACUGGAAACUUCACAUCUCAUCUCUAGCUAAAACAGCUUCUAUGAAGCUAGGCAUUCUGAGACGUCUCCGCCAGUUUUUCUCACCCCCCCAGCUGCUAACUCUGUAGAAGGGCCUUAUCCAUCCAUGUAUGGAGUAUGCUUCACAUGUCUGGGGGGAUUCCACUUAUACUGCUCUUCUAGACAGGGUGGAAUCAAAAGCUUUUCGUCUCAUCAACUCCUCUCCUCUAACUGACUGUCUUCAACCUCUCUCUCACCGCCGCAGUGGUGCAUAUCUAGCUGUCUUCUACCGCUAUUUUCAUGCUAACUGCUCUUCUGAUCUUGCUAACUGCAUGCCUCCCCUCCUUCCGCGGCCUCGCUGCACAAGACUUUCUUCUUUCUCUCACCCCUAUUCUGUCCACCUCUCUAACACAAGAGUUAACCAGUAUUCUCAAUCAUUCAUCCCUUUCUCUGGUAAACUCUGGAACUCCCUGCCUACUUCUGUAUUUCCACCUUCCUACGACUUGAAUUCCUUCAAGAGGGAGGUUUCAAGACACUUAUCCACCAAUUUUUGACCACUGCUUUGACCCUUUUAUGGGACUGGCAUUUCAGUGGGCAUUUUUUUUUUAUUAGAUUUUUGUUGCCCUUGGCCAGUAUCCUUCCUACAUAAAAAAAAAAA